AUCCUCCCUGGCCUCUACCUUGGGAACUUCAUCGAUGCCAAAGACCUGGAGCAGCUGAGCCGGAACAAGAUCACCCACAUCGUUUCGAUCCAUGAAUCCCCCCAGCCCCUGCUGCAGGACAUCACCUACCUCCGCAUCCCCCUCCCCGACACCCCCGAGGCCAACAUCAAGAGGCACUUCAAGGAAUGCAUCAGUUUUAUCCACCAGUGUCGCCUGCACGGAGGGAACUGCCUCGUCCACUGCCUCGCCGGCAUCUCCCGCAGCACCACCAUCGUGGGCGCCUACGUCAUGGCCGUCACGGAGCUGAGCUGCCAGGAGGUGCUGGACGCCGUCCGGACCCUCCGCCCCGUCGCCAACCCCAACCCCGGCUUCAGGCAGCAGCUGGCUGAGUUCGGCGGUGGCGAAGCCCGCAAGGUCCGCAGGCACCUGAAGCAGAGGUACGGGGCAUCCCCCUUCAACGACGAGGAAGAAAUAAAGGCCCUGCUGCCGAUGGGGAGAGGGGGAACACCCAGGACGGAGGGAGCUCGGCAAGGGCUGGUCCCGAGAGCCAGGGACAUCAGGAGCACGACUCCCUUCCUGCUGCGGGUGAAGAGGACGUUCUCCUGCAUCCCGGCCUGCCUGAAGUGA